AUGGGGACAACCUAUUACAAGGCACCAUAUUACUACAAGUCCCUGUUUAAUGAGUCAAUUGUCGGCAUACUCAACCCUGAGAGGCAUCAUACACGACGUCGCACAGUCCAAUCCAUGUUUUCAGUCAAGGCCAUUGAUUCAAUGGCGCCCUAUAUUAUCCGAAGGGCUCGAAAAGCGGCCGAAUCUGUUGCAAAUCGGGCGCAGCAGGGUUUGCCUAUUAAUCUCAAUCGGCUUUAUCGCUCUAUAUCGGCAGAUAUUACAUGUGAACUAUUAUUCGGUAAAACUCAGAGCCUGCUAGAUGCAGGGAAAGAACAGCCCAAAUUGAUAGACAGCAUCGAUAAAUUUACUUCUCAUGUCUGGUUGGUGAAACAUUUUCCCUUUUUGAACUGGAUGGCUUUGAACAUGCCAGAUACAAUUGCUGCUUGGCUGAUCCCGGGAUAUAAGAAUUUCAGAGCGCAAGCCGAAAUUUUGGUCAAAGACGCCGUCAAGAGGAAAUCUGACGGGCUUGGUAUUGCUGAAGAUGGUAGUAAAACUAUCUUCGAUCUUCUUCUUGAGCCAAAUAGUGCCAAAGGCGGCAAUGAACUUGAGAUGCAUGAGUUGAUCGAUGAGGCAUUCAUGUUCAUUCUUGGUGGGACUGAUCCGAUAGGCUUCACACUAGCGGCUGCGACUUACUAUAUCCUCACAUCUCCUGAUGUAUUGAUGAAGCUUAUGACUGAACUCCAAGAGGCCAAGUCAAGUAUUGAAGGGGAGUAUGACUGGAAGCAUGUCCAGAAAUUACCAUAUCUAACAGCGAUUCUCAAAGAAACCAUGCGUUUGUACACUGUAGUCCCUGGUGUACUUCCCCGUGUGGUGCCUCCUAAGGGAGCAUUUGUACAAUCUCAUUUUCUUCCUGGCGGCACAAUUAUUUCUGCAAGUCAUCAUGCAAUCCACCACAAUCCAAGCAUCUUUGUCGACCCAGAGAAUUUUGAUCCAGAGCGAUGGCUGGGCUCACAAAGUCAAAAACUUGAAAAAUACUUGCUGCCAUUCAGCAAGGGCCCUCGUGCCUGUCUUGGAAUUAAUCUGGCAUGGCUAGAAAUGUACACUUUAUUAGCUGUGAUGUUCUCACGCUUUGAGAUGACACUUUUCGAGACCUCAAACCUGGAGUGGUUAGACCAUGGUAUUGCAGUCCAUCAGUCACCAGUCCAGGUGAGCAUAAAGCUUGACCGUCGGAAUAUUUAG